ACGUAUUUUACUCUAAAGUGUUGCGGUAUUGUGCCAUAGAGUAAUUAUAUUACUCAUAAUUCUAUCCAAUGGUCCACGGACUUCAGUCUUCUACAAUAAACUGAUUGAAGUGCUUGUGUGUGCAUCAUGUUUGUUUAGAAAAUAUAUUAUAAACAAUGAAGUUACAAAUCAUAUUUUCUUUGGUCUUCUUGGCCUCAUUCACCCAAGCUUUGAGACUUCUUGUAUUCUUUCCUAUGAUGUCUAAGAGCCACAGCAUUUUAGGCCAAGGUAUGGUGAGCCGAUUACUGGAAGCUGGACACGAGGUGGUCCAUGUGACAGCUUUCCCUAGAGACAAGCCACAGGCAAAUUUGACAGAAAUAAACUUAAUUGAGGCAAGCAACCGAAUGAAAGAGCAGUUUCAAGGCGACGAUACUUUCAAAUUGAAAAAUCUCAUUGGGAAAGAGAAUGUCGGUGAUUCCGUAUUUUUUGUCUAUAUGACAUAUGAGAUAAGUAAAAAUAUUAUUGAAGACCAAACUUUUAUCAAGUUUCUUUUGAACCCUAAUGAAAAAUUUGACGCCGUCAUAAUUGAGUGGUUCUUUUCUGAUAUUUUUGCCGGAAUUGCACCACUUUUUAAAUGUCCCCUUAUCUGGUUCGGAUCGACUGAAGCUCAUUGGCAAAUCCUCCAAGUAGUUGAUGAAAUUCCUAACCCAUCCUACAGUGUAGACAUUUUCUCAGUCAGCAAACCACCUCUCAAUUUUAUGGAACGUUUAAGAGAACUCUAUAGGAUUGCAAAAAAAUAUAUUUUUAUCAGUUUAUUGAGCACUCCAUUUGAAAGAUCACUUUACAACAGCGUUUUUUCUGACAUAGCAAACAAAAGAGGGGUCACAUUACCUUCUUACGACGAAGUAAUUUAUAACGCUUCCCUAUUGCUCAUCAACUCUCACCCAUCUAUAGGCACGCCUUUUAGACUUCCACAGAAUGCUAAAUAUAUCGCUGGGUACCACAUUGACAGAGAAGUAAAACCGCUACCAAAGGAUCUACAAAAAUUAAUGGAUGAAGCAAAACAUGGCGUUAUAUAUUUUAGUAUGGGAAGUAAUCUGAAGAGUGAAGACAUGUCUGAAUCGAUGAAAAAAUCGUUACUAGCAAUGUUUAGUAAACUAAAACAAACAGUGAUAUGGAAAUUCGAAAGCGAUUUGGAUAAAGUUCCAGCUAAUGUCCAUCUGGUGAAAUGGGCACCACAGCAAAGUAUUCUCGCUCAUCCUAAUCUUAAAUUCUUCAUGACACACGGAGGACAGCUCUCCACGACUGAGGCUAUACACUUCGCUGUACCGGUUAUUGGUAUACCAGUUGCAGCUGAUCAGCACGUCAACAUGAGGUCCGUUGCCAAUAAAGGUUUCGGUAUUUAUAUAAAAAUAACAGAAGAUAUCACCGAUGACUUGUAUCCAGCGAUUCAGGAAAUGCUGCAAAAUCCAUCAUACAAGUCAAAAGCGAAGGAACUGUCUUUCAUCUACCAUAAUCGUCCUCUGACGCCAGGAGAUGAAUUGGUAUUCUGGACAGAGCAUGUUGUCCAUACACGCGGCGCCCUACAUUUACGAUCGCCAGCUUUACAAUUACCAUUCUACCAGAAAUUCUUUUUAGAUCUCCUUAUUCUCAUCCUCGUGGCAAUAGUAUUAUGCGUUCUUGUAAUAAGGUUCAUAAGAAAUGGAAGCAAAGGGACGAAAAAGACAAAAAAAGUUAAGACAAAAUAGACGUAGAUAUAUGGUUUGGAACAAGUAAUUUUUUUAAUAAGUGUUAAAUUAAAUGUGGUAAUUAAUACCAUAUUGGUCGGGACUUCGACACUAUACAUUUAUCUGUUUCACAAUAAAACCGCAAUGUAGAUAUUAAAUUAAAAAAAACGUAAUUGCUAUUCAUUUUAUGUUGUAUGUAUUGAAUGAUAGAAAUAUUAUAAAUUUUUUGUAAAAAGAUGUUCAUUGUAUUUGUACAUGUAUUUGUAUUGUAAAUUUUAAACCUACCUAUAAUGUUAUAGUAGCGUAUAUUGAUUUGUGUCAUUUCGAAUAGAAAAUGCAGUACAAAUACUUCAACAUAGAGGAAAAUAAAUUAAUACUGAAAA